UAUGGUUAAGUUGGUGAAUAGAUUAUAAUUUAGAGGUGGUGCAAAGUCAUAAAUUCUCGAUCUGCAAACCCCUUGGCUCAAUAAUAGAGCAAUUAGAGCGAUGAGAGUCCAGUUGGGCUUCCUGUGUUUUUCUUAUGAACAUGCGGCUUUAAAAUCCGCGUGGAAAGUGGAUGCAGAGGUUGGAGUAGGGUCACAGAGGAAGGGAGAUGGCGAUAAAAUUGGGGAAAAGCUCGGCAUCCCCGUGUGAAAGUAUAUGCAACAAGAGUUCCAAAGCUUUUUCCUUCGUAAGUUUCUUGUAUAUAAAACACGCGAGCACUUUUCUCCGUGAUAACACACACUGUGACAGUCGGAAAAAUCUCUCCAUCUCAUACAAUGCAUUUAUUGGAGGUUUGUGUGAGCGAGAUGACUCCACAUAGCAAUACAGUCACAUAACAUUAAUGUCAUGUUAUGUAUAAAAUUCAUAGCAUUAAUGGGCGAGAUGGUGCCAUAAAACAUAAAUGAGUGUAAGUGAAAUAAAAGAUUGCGCAAGAUACUUUGACUGAGCACUCAUGUGAAAACAACAUGAGCUCAGUUUCAGAAACGUCGUCGCAAGUGAACAUUCGUUCGAAGACAUCGCUUACGAACAGGCGCGCUUCGCAAUUUUCCGCACUUUCUUCAGGAAAGGCAAUCCAAACCUAAAUAAACACACAAUCUCAAUAGCAAUCACAUUUACUAUUAUUGCCCGGGUUUUUAUUUUAAUAAUAACAAUAAACAUUUAUUCAAGCACCAACCACUUUAUUCGGCUGUUUUGGACAAUUAAAUACAUUUUUAACCUUCUGUUAUUUUCUGAACUAUUUUUUUCGGUGUUUCACUUUAUUUCUAUAUUCUUCCGGGAACAUUAUAAAUAAAACCAGCCAGAGAUUUUUUUCAACCAACUCUAAAUCAAGUGAUUUUUUUGUGUGAAAAUAAUUGGACUUUUUAUAAAGGAAAAUUAUUAAAAUUUUUCUUAACAAAAAGGUGUGUGAGACUCGAAGUGCUUUUCGGUAGUAACCCCCAAAAAAGCUCUUUCCAAAAAAAAAAAAACAGCCACAUGGAGCAGUAGAUAAAAAAGUGUUAAGUGAACACUAAUUUGCAAUCAGAGAUAUUCUUUAUUGUUAUGAUUAUUUUUAUGGGCCACAUCUUUUGAUAGUCUUCACAUAAAAUAUAAUUCAAUGUGUGCUCGUUUGUGUGACAAAAAAUUGAGAUAGAGAGCUUCCGAACAUUACGCCACGAUUCAAGAAUAAAAAGAAAAAGAUCCAAGUGAUGACGAAGUGAAUGAUAAUGAAUUUUCAUGACGACAGACCCGUGAUCUUGUAAAGAAAAAAAAUAUAUAGAGCACCAGAAAAAAGACUCAUCUGCAAGGAAAGAAAAAAAAACAUAUACUGUCAGAAGGCAAUAAUCGUAAAAAAAUAGAAUCUGAGAAAUUGGCGAGAAGGCGCAGAGGAUAAGAAAUUGCACCAACACAUUGGUGCUCAAUUCUUUCUCACACAAUCUUCACUGAAAGGCUCAAGUGGUUGCCGAAGAAUCAAUUUCCCUCAGCAGCACAAAUCAUGACAGUUAUUGCACAUAAAAUGGUGUUUAAAACAAUUUUCAUAAACGCCACUUACGAGUGGUGUGACUGAGAUUCUGUCGGACCCUCACAGACCCCCACGAGAUCCUUAAGACUAUCUUACAGUUAUAAUAUAAAAGACACUGUUGCAAAGUGAUUGUGCUAAGACUUUGAGUGCAAGGAUGAAUUCCUACUUCGAACAAUCAGGCUUCUACGGACACCCUCAUCAGACAACUGGCAUGGGUAUGACUACAGCCGCUCAUCACGAUCAGAGCGCCACGGCGGCAUACAGGGGCUUCCCCUUGUCCCUUGGCAUGUCCCCCUACGCCAAUCAUCACUUGCACCAAUCUCGCUCUCAAGAGUCCCCCUACGAUGCCUCCAUCUCGGCGGCCUGCAGCAAAAUCUAUGACGGCGCCUACAAUAAGGACUGUGCCAAAUCCGCUGCCACUGGAGCCGGCAGUGGCGGUAGCGCCGAAACAAAUGGUUAUAAGGAUGUUUGGAAUACCUCGUCGAGCGGUAGCACAGGGCAAAACGCUUCAGUGCCAGUACGCCCGUCCGCCUGUACUCCUGACUCUAGAGUUGGCGGCUACUUGGAUACCGCCGGCGGUAGUCCGGCCAGCCGCGGGGGCUCUGGUGGUGUCACCGGGAGCGCCUGGAAUGCCAACUGUUCUAUCACAGGCGCCAGCACACAGGCCGCCACUACGGGUCUUCAUCAGCCGUCGAAUCACACCUUCUACCCCUGGAUGGCUAUCGCAGGUAAGAGAUACUCAGAAUCUCUUGCGGGCUCAUUGCUUCCAGACUGGAUAGGUGCCAAUGGAUUGAGACGACGAGGACGGCAAACGUACACAAGGUAUCAAACGCUUGAGCUGGAGAAGGAGUUCCACACAAACCACUACCUUACGCGACGGAGGCGGAUCGAAAUGGCUCAUGCCCUCUGCCUUACAGAGCGACAGAUCAAGAUCUGGUUCCAGAACCGCCGGAUGAAGCUGAAGAAGGAAAUCCAGGCCAUCAAGGAGCUCAAUGAACAGGAGAAGCAGGCGCAAGCACAGAAAGCGGCGGCAGCAGCCGCGGCGGCUGUGCAAGUCAUAUCGGAUCAGAACUAAAUACUACAAUACCAAUACAGUAAGUUUGUGUACGAUAGAAGAUGCAACCCACACAUACAAUUUUUUCUGACGAAGACAUUGAAGCAGAAACAAAACAAGCAGUGAACAUUUCUAAGAAUAGAGUGAAAGAAAACCUUUAGUAUAAAUUAUAUAAAUGUAAAAUAUACCAAUAUAAAUUAUUUAUUUAUCAACAAAAGCAAGAUGGACAGACAUCUUGAGGACAAUGUGAAAAUUAUACGAGGAAAGGCGGGGAAAUCGCAUGAGAUUGAAGCAUAAAGUUAAUGUUCUAAGUGUCAUAUUGAAUUGAUAUGGGGAUGUUUCUUCUGGUCGAUUUGCGACUAUUCCCGAGGCAUUUUCUAUCAACUUCUAACACCCAAUACACCCCCAUACCUCCCCCCCCCACCCCUCCUUCUCUGGAAAAUCCGUAAAGUUAAACCGAGCAGAAAAGUGAGAGAAAAAAUUUAGACUUAAGAAUCGUGUGGCAAUAUUAAAUUAAUUAGUAAGCAAAGUAAGGAAUAUUCUCAGAAAAUAUUUUCGUUUCCUAUCUUCGGCUAUUUAUUAAUUUUGUUUUUUCUACGCGAAAUCUCUAUUCGAAGAUGGCAAAAAAAAUUGUACAAAAUAGGGUACCAAAAAUCAUUUUUUAUGUUAACUUUCAAAGUGUGCGAUUUUUAUUGGAGAUUCUAAUUCAAGUUUUUCGUAGUAUUUUGUUUAUACUCCAGACAGAAAGAUUAAGAUGUUUGUAAAAGGUUUUUUUUAAAGAUUAGAACCAACGCUUAAACAAAUAUAAAUUGCGUUUUUCAUUAAUUCAUUUUCUCAAAAAAAAAAAAAAUAGUCAACAGUUUUAAAAGUUAAAACUUCCUUAACUAAUAUCAUAUUCAAUAUUUUACUUUAAUUUAAGAUAAUUUUUUGACAUUUUGUAUUCUAAUACCUUCAGCACACUUUUUUAAAAUCAAAAUUCGCAUCCCUUUCUUUCUCAAUCGUUUUGUAUAUGUCUAUCCCACUUUAUUGCAUUAUUUUGCUUUUUCAAAUUACCUGCAUAAAUUCAAUUUAGAUUUGAAUCUGAAAGAAUGUAAUAGGCAUAUACGCAAUAAGAUCAAGAACGAAAAGAAUGAAUGAUGAAAUGAAAUUUAUGAAGUAUUUAAAAUAAAAUAGAUAAUUGAACUAAAAAUUAAGGUUGUCCACUUUACAAUCAGUUUUGAAUUAAAAAAGAAUAAAAAUAAUUAAAUAACAAGGAUGUUGCGCAAUUUAUGAUCUAAAAGACGUGCUGAAUUUAAAAAAAAAAUCAAUUUUAUUGAGGAAUUUCAACGUGGUGACCGUGUAGUUAUAUUUUUUAAUAUAAUUUAAAGUCACGUAACUUUAGUCGAUGUACAUUACUGCAGUCAUUUAUUGAGCAUUUCUUGAUAAAAAUUCCAAUAAUCUGAAAAACGCAUAUUAAUAUUUGUUUUACUUUACAAAUUCAAUGUUACUAGUAGUUUAUUAUAGUUUUCUAUGCGGAAAAAAAUUGAAACUAUAAAAAUUUCCCUCCUGAAAAGGUUUCAAAAGAAAAUUACGAUACUAAAUGAUAGAAGUGACUAGUUGAAUUAUUUGCACCACGCUUUCCAACCUUUAAGAAACAUCGUUUUAAACCUUUCUUACAGAGUAUAAACUUGAGAAUUUUGAGAAUUUCUCAGCAUUUUUCUUUGAUAAAUCAAUGGUGAUAUUAUAUUUUUUUAUUGAUAACACUUCCCUGUUGUGUUUCUUUUCUUUUUUUUUUCAAAACAACCUCCAAUAAAAAUUAAAUGAAGUAAAAAAUGAGAUAAAAUACUCUUAUGUAUUUAAAAAUGUAAGUAAUGGAGAAUUUUUUUGUAAAGAAUUUAUUUUUAGGACUAUUUUGUUGAAUUUUUUGUUUAUUAUUUUUUUUAUAUUUAGCAAAGUGUAAAUGGACUUUUUAUCAUCUCCUUUUUUCUCAUGUUCCUCCCAUAAAACGAAAUAUGCAAAAAUCUAAAGACGAAAGCAAAAAGAACAGAAGAAUUUUCUUAUUUGAAACCGCCAAAAAAGAACAAGAAAUAAAAAAAAAGAAUUGGUUGAAACAAAAAGUAUAUUGAAAGAUAAAGUAAUAUUUGUAGAGGUGAAAACAUCUAAAUAAAAUAUAUUAAAUAAAAUAUACUAUAUAAAUUUUAUUGUGUAUAAAAAAGGAAGUAUUAAAAAAAACGCGCCCCAGUGAAUGUGAAAUUUGCAUCUGUGUAAAGUGUAUAUUUUUGCUAUCAAAAUGUUUGCAAUAAUUAUUUAUUAAAACAAUGGAGAAUGGUUGACAAGAUCUAAUAUACGUAAAAAGAAAUUUUUGAUAGAUAAUCUUUAGAAAUUUGCUUUCAAAAUUAAUUUUCUUUUUGUUUUAAGAAAAAAAAAUCACUUUGGAUUUUUUUUAGCAUUAUUUCUCGACAAAGCUUUAAUUUAUUUAACGUCUGCUUCUUCAUCCUACAAAAAAAAAGAAAAAUCGGACCAUUUGUUUAAAAACGUUGAUGCUGAGGAGAGAGCAUGAUAGAGAGUGUUAUGAGAAAUAAAACAUACGUAAUUAAUGUGACAUGUAUAAAAUAUAAACGAAAAUACGUAAUGAAAGUGAUUUAUUUGGUCUCCUCUGUGGAAAAUAUUUCCAAAAUAUAUUCUAUCAAAUUUUGCCCCACAAGAAAAUUCUGUGACAAAGAAAAAAAUACAAAACAAAACAUGGGCAGAAGUACUUAAAAAAGAAGUCUUACGUUGAAGGAGAUUAGCAGAAGAGAAUCCCUUCUAAAAAUAUCCUUUCGAACAUACACAUUUAGCGUGUAGAGUGAAUGGAAUCCCUCCUUAGAAAUUUCAGCUCAAUUAGAUGAAGUUUUAGUGCCAUAGAAGAAAGAAAGAUGAGAUAAAAACUUCCAAAAUAGUUGUAAAGAAAACUUCACUUUUGCAGUCUUUUCACCAUGAGAUUCAUUGCAUUUUUUUUUGUUUAAAUCUGAGUCAUUUCCUUGGGCAAAACUUCUUUCAUUAAUCAUGAUUGAAUCAUCUUCCCUGCAUAAAAGACAUCCAAGAGCUAUUUUAAAAUUCAUUCUAGACAAUUUAGCCAAAAAAAAAAUUAGGAAUUCCUCUUUUGCAUAUAUAAACUAUUAUUUGAGAAUUUUUGAAGCAUUGUACAUUUUUUACUGAGAAAUCUUUUGAAAAUUGUAUUGGAAGCAAUAUAUAUUUUCAAAAAUUUCACUGCAUACAGUAUGUAUACUAAAUUGAUGAGAAAAUGAUAAAAAAAAACAAUUUUGAUGAAUAGAGGAAAAAACACUAUUUUUUAGGUCACUAGAAAUAUUCUAUGGAGAAAGAGAAAUAAAAAAAAACAAAAAUUAAAUACAAGGAGAUGCUCCAAAAAAAGGCAUUCACAGCAGAGAAUAAAAGAUUUGUAGUCGUUUUAUUAGAAAACUUAAGGAGAAACAGACAUAAUUUUAAUAGAAACACAAAACACACAAAGUGAAGAAAUAUUAUUUGAAAAAAAGAAAACCUUCAGAAUGUAUACGUAAACAAAAAAAGAAAAGUCUAUCUUUUUAGAAGAAAAGAGAAAAAAAUGAGUGAGAGUGAAAUGUUGGUGAAUAUUUCAUCUCUCUCUUUUUUCUUUGGACAAAAUAAAAGAAAAAAAUAUAUUUAAAAUAAAUAUGAGAGAUAGUGAGAUGAAAUAUUAAUUAUUAAGUUAUUUAUAUUGAAUGGAGUAAGAAGAGCAUUGCAAUACAAAUGCCUGCAUCUUACUCAUCGAGGAUGGAAUAAAAGUGAAGUAUUAUAAGGUGUAAAUUAAAAUGGAGAAUAGUGAGAAACAACUCCCAAAAACAAGAGGAGAACUAAUGAGAUUUUUUUUUGUGAAACACGCAGUAAAAUUUAAGAAGUUGAAAGAGAAAAUUUCUUUGUCAAUAAAAACUAAUAAAUGGA